AUGAGAUUGAUUUCCACGAAUAUGCAGGCUAGAAAGAUGCUAUUUGCUGCUAUUCCAUCUAUUUGUGCAUCAAGUUCGAAGAAGAUCUCAAUCUAUAAUGAAGAAAUGAUAGUAGCUCGUUGUUUUAUAGGCUUUAUCAUAUUCAGUCGGAAGAGUUUAGGUAAGACUUUCAAAGUGACUCUCGACGGGAGAAUCCAGGCUAUUCAGGAAGAAUCGCAGCAAUUCCCCAAUCCUAACGAAGUAGUUCCUCCGGAAUCCAAUGAACAACAACGAUUACUUAGGAUCAGCUUGCGAAUUUGUGGCACCGUAGUAGAAUCAUUACCAAUGGCACGCUGUGCGCCUAAGUGCGAAAAGACAGUGCAAGCUUUGUUAUGCCGAAACCUAAAUGUUAAGUCAGCAACACUUCCAAAUGCCACUUCUUCCCGUCGCAUCCGUCUUCAGGACGAUCUAGUCACAGGUUUUCACUUCUCAGUGAGUGAAAGAUUUGUCCCCGGGUCUACGUUGAAAGCUUCUAUAGUAGAACUCAUUCGAGAGGGCUUGGUGGUCUUAAGAAUGGUUCGGGUGGGGGGUUUCUCUUAAGAAUAAAGAAGACGAAUAGAAUCUAAUUCAUGUUUAUGCUAACAGAAGAGCGGAUCCAAUACCAAGACGUCCAGAACUCAAACUUAUAUAUAUAUACAUCUACAGGGUUGAGAAGUGUUUCGUCCGGGAGGUAUAGCUCAUCAGCGCAUACAUACAGAGAUCCUGUGGUUGGAUCUGUACUAGAGAAGGGAAGAACAAGAGGAAGACUCCAUAGCUGAUAGAACCAAGGCCAAGGGCUGGACUCUAGAGAAAGUGAAAGGUGAUCUGCACUAUGGCUUCUCCCAUUCCUUAUUUCAGCUUUGUUUUUAGUGCUUAGAUAAGUUUCUUUCCAGCUCUCUAGUAUACUUAUUCUCUUUCUUAUGCUGUUUUCUGCCUGUAGUGUGGUUCUGUCCCUACUAUUGAUAAAAUCACUGGAUGCUCUUGCUGCUCUGCUCCUCUAGUCAGUGUUCUACACGCGCAAUGUCUAACGAAGUUUUGGCCUAUAUUUUGGAAAUAAUGCCUAAAUUUUGCUUUCUAGUACCUGCGCCUGUAUUUAUACUCUUUCUUUUUCGAGCGGCCCGUGUAACAAGGGGGCUUAACCAUGAAAAUUAUAAGGCGCACGUGAAUUAAAAUAUUGGAGAUACAUUGAAGGAGCAGAUUAACCAGCGAUUCAUACAACCACUCCUUGAAGAACGAGGGACCCAACUCCCCCGUGGCACGAAAUCUUGCGAUUUAGUCCAGAAAUUGGUCGAAGGAGACCAGACAAUCUUGAAAGACUGGUAGCAAUAUUUGAAAGCCUGGAAACUUUAGGGCCCUUAAGUCCCUACUUUCUCCAGAUUCUUUCUCUUAUUCCUCCUAUUCCUGGGGUUGCUUGAGGGUUGAGCAAUCGACAUGAUAUAUUUGCUCACAUUCCAGGCGAAGGUCAUAAUUUGCAGGAACAUUCUAUGGUCUUAAUAAGAGGAGGUAGAGUGAAAGAUUCGCCAGGUGUGAAAUCCCGUUCUGACUAGUUCCGUUGGUCGAUUCCGGCAUACAUAAAGGUAGAGCUGGGCAGCGGCUUUACUUUUAUCUAGAUCGGAAUUCAAUGUAGCCUUUAGUCUAGGCGAGGCCCCCUGUCGCUAGGGG